AACAUGGCUGACCGCUAGCACGCUUUUGCAUCCAGCAAGGUGUUUGACAGGCCCUGUCAUGUUAUGUAAUGUUACCUAAUGGAAAUUACGGGUCAUGGAACUGUACUGAGUUUAUUGCGGACAUGGGUUAAAGAGAGAAGAUGAUUCCAUAGGAUAAAGUACACCAGCCAUUUAUGAAAAAUGAUGUGAAAAAACAGUGAAACAGCAAACCAACCAGAUUACCAAUAUGUCUGUUUCCGUGGAGCCCCCCCAGGACAAGGAUCCACCAGGGUCAGUGACUGAAUGUGUAACCAGCGACCGUGACCAGUACGAUCCUACUACACUGGCCAGCAUGUUGAAACUGACCUCCAGACUGGAUGCCAGCAACAAUUCAAUCAAUGAAGCUGACGAGGUCGAUGACCAAUCGAUUCUGGAUUUUGUUGAUGACCUGUCAAUGGGGAAGUAUGACGCUGAUGAAGACAGCGAUUAUGAUAUUGACACAGGAAUGGACCGACAUGCGGAUGUUGAUGAGGUGUUUGAAGAAAUAAAGGAGACUAUUUCGAGGAAUUUAGAAAGAAAAAACUCUGCUGUGUCUAACCUGAGUUUGUCAUCUUCAAGUAGCGAGGGUCAAGUUGUGAAAAUAUCCGACAACUUUACCUCCAUUCCGUAUGGAAUACAGCCGAGAGCUACGUAUGAACAUGGGAAGAAAAGCUCUGAUAUUAUGGGAGUGUCGUACAACGGGAGGAUGAGGCAGUUCAUCAUUCUGGAUGCUAAAGGGGUGAUCACCUGGAAGAGGGAUGCUGUGGACACCAGAGUGACUCAAGCCUUGACCUAUCCGACGUACGAGUACCGACUCAUAACACACCUGGUGUAUGCAAGGAAACACAACUGCUACUUUGCACUGGCAAAAGAUUUUAGUUUAAAGGUGAUGAACCGAGACUUUGUGGAGACGUGUUCUGUGAGUGCAGACCUGAGUUCUGUGUUGUUUAUGUUGUUCAACCCUGUCCGAGAUGAGCUGAUCACCGGAGGAGUUGGAGGAACAAAAGUGUGGCAUUUCCAUCAAGUGGCAGCCAAGGCAUUUAUGGAGCUCAAACCGCUGGCAAAUUUUAGGCUGACCCUCAGGUACGAGCUGCCUAAUGUUGGAGGGAGCUGGGUGAAGCGUGUGGACAUUGACUACAACCUGGACCACCUGUACUGCUGCUCCGACACAGAUCUACACGCGUAUGACAUGCAGGGGAAGCCACUCUUCAAGUUCUCCAAAGCCCAUGCCAUGUCUAUAACAGGCUGUCAGUAUUCUGUAGCUUCUAAAGUCUUGGUAACUGCAUCUGUGGAUUCUGAGGUGAAGGUGUGGAGCUUGAGAGGUGGUCUGGUACACACUUUCCGUGGUCACUCUCGAGCGGUCACUCACCUCCUGAUUCACCCCGACACUUCCACCAUAGCCAUCACGUCCUCCCUGGACGGCACAGUCAGAAUGUGGUCACUCGACACAAUGGACGCUCUCUAUAGCUUGGUUGUGUCCUCUGAUGGAGUUCUGUGGAUGGGACUGACUGAUGACAACCUCCUCUACAUCAGCACAGCUCGCAACAUCAGCAUCUGGUCUCUCAACUACUUCUACCAGUUCUGGAGUCUGGCCAGAAACGAACUGUCCAAUUUGAGUCUGGUGGGCUGCAAGGGGAAGACGACACGGAUCGUGGCUCUGGGAGAGGAUAGCAGUUUGCGGCUGUUUGCCCGCAGCAAUCAGAAGAACAUGUCAACGGUGCUGCCCCCUCCCAGCAUCUCCCCGCUGCAGAAGGUGCUCAGCGUGUGCUACAGUCGCGAGUUCAGCGUGGUCUUCAUGCUGAUCAACCCUCAGGAGAUAUGGGUCUACACAACACGAACUGACCCAGCUUGUCGUCGUACGCUGUGUGGAACAUCCAUGACAUCCAGUAUGUGUACAUCGUGAACAAACAGUCCAGA